AACGGGUUUUUUUGCAAUAAUGUGUGAUGAAGCAAGAUGUUUUAAAGAAGAGCAGCUUUCAAUUUGUGUGAGAUAUUCAGUUAAAUUUCAAGUUUUUGAACGCUUUUUGGGAUUUGUAAAUGUAUCAACUGGGCAAGACGCUAGUCACAUAGUUUCUGCCAUAUUUUAUUUUUUUGAAAAGCAUAAAGUUGAUAUGAAUGCUGUUAAGAUUAUUGCACAGUCAUAUGAUGGUGCAAGUGUCAUGUCAGGGCAUCUUAAUGGAGUCCAAUCAAAAAUUAAAGACUUUUAUCCAUGUGCUAUUUACACCCACUGCAUGGCACACCGACUAAACUUAAUUGUUGUUGAUACGUGUAAAAAUAUUAAGGUAAGCCUACGAUACUUAAAUUUAUAAAUAUUAUUAAUUUUAAACUACAUAGAUUGUCAUUGUUUCUUAGGGAGCUCGUACAAUAUUUAACGUACUUGAAGCUGUAUACGUCCAUUUUUCAAGACCUUUAAAUAAUUCAAAGUUAUGUGACAUUCAAUCUAAAUUAGGUUUAAAAAAAGGCAAUAUGUUAAGAGUAUGCGAUACUAGAUGGGUUUGCAGGUACAAAAAUUGCGAGGCUAUGUUAAAUAAUUUUAAUGCAAUUGUUAAAUACCUUGAAAAUGAAAUUGAUGAACAAUCCGAUAAAGAUAUUGCUCAAGCUAUUGGCAUAUUAAGUUCUAUACAGAAAUGUGAAUUCAUUAUUUUUCUUAUUAUUCUUAAAGAUGUAUUGAGUAUAAUGAACAUAUUAAGUAAUAGUUUACAAAGUAAAACAGCAACACUUGGUAAAUCUAAAAAUAUUAUUGAGUCCGUUAUAAAAACAUUUGAAACAUCAAGAACAGAUGAGGAAUUCCAUAAUGUUUGGAAAAAAAUAGUUAAUUUUGCUGAUGAAAAUAAUAUUAACUUACAAAUUCCAA